CUACACAGGCCACCCAGGGUCUGGUAUGGGCCAUGAGUGUAGAAGAUGGGGGUAUGCCAGGCCUAGCCCGUCCAAGACAGGCUCGCUGGACCCUGAUGCUAUUCCUGUCCACUGCCAUGUAUGGUGCCCAUGCACCAUUCUUAGCACUGUGCCAUGUGGAUGGCCGAGUGCCCUUCCGGCCCUCCUCAGCUGUGUUACUCACUGAGCUGACCAAACUAUUGUUGUGCGCCUUCUGCCUACUGGUGGGUUGGCAAACGUGGCCCCAGGGCACACCACCCUGGCGCCAGGCUGCACCAUUUGCACUAUCAGCCCUGCUCUAUGGCGCCAACAACAACCUGGUGAUCUAUCUGCAGCGUUACAUGGACCCCAGCACCUAUCAGGUGCUGAGCAAUCUCAAGAUUGGAAGCACAGCUCUGUUGUACUGUCUCUGCCUUGGGCAUCGCCUCUCUGCACGUCAGGGGUUGGCACUGCUGCUGCUGAUGGCUGCAGGAGAGAUCUAUGCAUCAGGUGGCUUGGUGUACACUGAGCUAAUCAUGAAACGACAGCGGCUGCCCUUGGCUCUCCAGAACCUCUUCCUCUACACUUUUGGGGUGAUCCUGAACCUCGGAUUGUAUGCUGGCAGUGGUCCAGGCCCAGGCUUCCUGGAGGGUUUCUCUGGAUGGGCAGUGCUUGUGGUGCCGAACCAGGCAGUAAAUGGACUGCUUGUGUCAGCUGUCAUGAAGCAUGGCAGCAGCAUCACACGCCUCUUCAUCGUGUCCUCCUCCUUGGUGGUCAAUGCUGUGCUUUCAGCAGUGCUGCUGCAGCUCCAGCUUACAGCCGUCUUCUUCCUGGCCACACUGCUCAUUGGCCUGGCUGUGUGCUUGUACUAUGGUAGCCCCUAAGGCCUUGGCCACCCCCACUCUCACUUGUGGCUGUGUAGAUUAGAUGCAACCACCAGAGCCACCUCCCAUCUCACCGCCACACCACAUCCCAGCAGCCCUGUAACAAGUGCCUUGUAAGAAAAGCUAAGGAGGUCACGUUAGCCUUUGGAUGUUAAGAUGGGUGAGCGUUACCCCUAGGAGGCAUAAAGGGUGGGCUUGGUUAAGGAAACGCCUAACUGCAUCCCUAUAAAGAACUGGGAACCCCAAACCCAGGCUUAGGCAGUCUAUCCUUGAGGAACCCGGCCUUGUCCUGCAUGAACAUGGCUACUUCAUGUGAAGUUUUGUUCCUGUCUGCAGUGGUCACUCCUGAAGACCCCUUGCCCUGAAGCUUCCUGCUGUCUGCUCCACACAGCAUGACUUCCACAUAAGGGAUAAUUAGUUUGCCCACUCCACAGUGCUGUUCCUCUUACCCAGCCAUUCUAGAAAGGUCAGAGGAGGGCUGGAGCUUGACUCAUCUCAGGGAACACUGCCCCUGGACCCUGGCUUAAGCCUACACUCCUGACCCCUGUGCUAACUCAGGGGCCCUGUUGUAGCCCACUUCACCUCUAAGGCACUUAGGAAGUACUGUUUUUCCCACUCUUGCCCCCUCCCAGUGGUGUCCCAGCUCCCAGCAGCCAGGGAAGGCUCUGCAGAGUAACCAGGGACCAGGUACAGAACACAUUUAUAGCUAAUCAGUGUCUGACUACUUAAGCAAUAAAGUCUUAAUAAAGUGUUCAGGGUGUAGGGUGCUUCCUACAACCAUUCACAAUUGUC